UUAGCUAGCGAAGGCCGCGCGAAGGGCGGGCGGCCAGUCAGUCGGACCGCAGAACGCGCGAAGCGCACCAUACAAAUACGUUACUAUACAAGUAUACAGUUUUAAAGUUUCUAAAUCGCGAUGUUACGGACAUUGUCGCUAGUCCUUUGCGUUGUGGCAGCGAGCCAGCAGUUAGACAUAUCGAAGUUCUCCGUACCAGUAGCCGUGGAGAUGGGCGGCGACGCCGAGUUGCUAUGCGAGCACGACGGCACAGAGGAGUUGUCCAUCGUGAAGUGGUUCUGGAGCCCGGACGGCGCAGACGAGCCGACGCAGAUAUACCAGCGCGCGUUUGGGGGCGAGAAGAAAGUCAUCAUACCGAGGACUGAGCCGCUUCUUAACAUCAGUAAGUGGUUAGAUAUAUCGAAGUUCUCCGUACCAGUAUCAGUGGAGAUGUGCGGCGAUGCCGAGUUGCUAUGCGAGCACGACGGCACAGAGGAGUUGUCCAUCGUGAAGUGGUUCUGGAGCCCGGACGGCGCAGACGAGCCGACGCAGAUAUACCAGCGCGCGUUUGGGGGCGAGAAGAAAGUCAUCAUACCGAGGACUGAGCCGCUUCUUAACAUCAGUAAGUGGUUAGAUAUAUCGAAGUUCUCCGUACCAGUAUCAGUGGAGAUGUGCGGCGAUGCCGAGUUGCUAUGCGAGCACGACGGCACAGAGGAGUUGUCCAUCGUGAAGUGGUUCUGGAGCCCGGACGGCGCAGACGAGCCGACGCAGAUAUACCAGCGCGCGUUUGGGGGCGAGAAGAAAGUCAUCAUACCGAGGACUGAGCCGCUUCUUAACAUCAGUAAGUGGUUAGAUAUAUCGAAGUUCUCCGUACCAGUAGCCGUGGAGAUGGGCGGCGACGCCGAGUUGCUAUGCGAGCACGACGGCACAGAGGAGUUGUCCAUCGUGAAGUGGUUCUGGAGCCCGGACGGCGCAGACGAGCCGACGCAGAUAUACCAGCGCGCGUUUGGGGGCGAGAAGAAAGUCAUCAUACCGAGGACUGAGCCGCUUCUUAACAUCACAUUAAUAGAAGAAGACCAACACAAUCUCGCGUUAUGGGACCUGCAGCCCGAGCAUUCCGGCACUUUCGAGUGCCAAGUGGAGGUUGAGCAAGGAGACUUCCAAGAACGUAGAAACGCCUCCGACUUGGUGGUUUACAGCAUAGGAGAUGGACCGAAGCUGUCAUUUGAAGGCGAGGAAGAAGUGCUAGUGGUUUGCGAGGCCGUCGGUGUUGCACCCCAGCCUGACAUCACCAUCAGCUAUGACAGCACCACAUUCAACACCACAGUCCUAGAAGGCCCGAUCGACGGGCUAUACAACGUGUCCACUAACGCAACACUCAACCGGCAAGACAUCGAAGGCGUCGAGAUCUCCUGCAAACUGUCCUUUGAAGGCGAAGUCAUCACGUCGGACGUUAUGGAGGUGGCCGACACUUAUCACUCAGAUGGGUGGCUCGCGACCAGCACCGCCGCGCCGGAAGACACCACAGAAUCUACAGAGGUCCCCGCGGCGCUCGGGACCGAACCUACCCCGGGCGGCGCCGAACGCACGGCCGCUCUGUGGGCGAUGGCGGCGCUCGCGACCCUUCUACAUCUGCAACUCUAACAUGUGAUACUAACAAUAGUCUAAUUUAAUUUAUACGAUUACUUCAGUUUCAUUGCUGCUAUUAAACAAUUUAUUUUUUUAUUAAAUUUAUUAGAAAUA